AAGCAUGUUUGUAAACUGUUAACUUAGCGAGGCAAUGUGUUGCCAUGCCGAUAAAGCAGAAACAAUUCCAGUUUAACUUUCACACACUUUUACAAUAUUGCGUUUACGACGUGAUUGUAUAUUUCCUGAAUAUUUCUAAUAGAUCAUAAAUUAAAACCAAAAUAUAAUACGCCUAUGUGAAUUUAACUAUUUUCUAUGAAAUAGCAACAAUUACAUUAAGUCCACCCUCUUUCGUCGUAUUUUUAUUUUUCAAUUCAAGGUGGUAAUCUAACAACGUUUCCGAUAACAUUGUUAAAAUUAUCAGAGAACUGCGGGUAAUUUCUGACACAGGCAGAGAAAACCACGAAUGUUUGAUGGUUUCAAAGCUAUUCAAGAUGGAUGCUCCAUUACUGCUGCUGCUAUUUAUUCAAGCAACAUUAAUCUGCACAUCUUACUCUGAACAGUUUAGAAAAGCAGAGGAUAGUUUGAGUUGUACCAAGCCUGAUGAUUGUAAAAUCUCUUUACCACAAAAGGUGAAAACCUCUUGCUCAGAAAAAAGGAAUACUUCACAGCUAGCGGCUAAGCAAUGGUAUCGAUUAGCAAUCCAUCCAGAAUUUGAACUCUCCAUGCCAAGUUUGGAUCAAAGCCAAGUGCAUACCGCAAUUAAAGCUAGGUUCGAUCAGGAAGAUGCGAAAUGGUUUAGCGUGUACUACAGUAUGAUAGGUUUGCUAAAUGAUACGGCGAGUGCUUUGAUUGCGAAAGGAGUUACGCAGAAACCGAUGUCGACAUAUGACGAAUACAGAGAAUUGUUUGAAAUCUUUCGCUCUGUGAUAAAGCAAAUUCCUGCUCCGCACUUUUUUUCUCAACCAUAUGACGUGACGAAUUUUACUAACAUCGUCGCUGACAAUAAAUGGAGAAACGACAAGUAUUUCGUGCAAAGAAGACUCGCCGCGCAAUGUGCUUACUAUAUUCGAAAGGUUACCAAGGAAACAGAUCCGAAGAAGAUUACUGGCAUGUCUAAGGGUUAUUUAAAAGGUCUUCUUAAUCCUUCAUUUAACUGGAAUCAGCGUUUGACGAAUAUGCAUAAAGCCACGAUAACAUUAGAUGAGGCGAUCGAUGCUGGAAUACUGUAUGUGUUACACCAUGAAGAAUUUAACGGUAUACCAACAACACGUGAUAUCAUGGACUUGAAUCCGUACGACGAACACGUUGCUCUUGACAAUGCUUCGCCUGUUACAGUGUUCUUAUUAGUGAGUGGAAACUUAGAAGUUGUAGCAAUACAAGUAAAUUACACUCAAGAUUCUAGGGUGGUGACGCCAAAAGGCACAGACAAUCCUGAAGAUGAUUUCGAGUGGUUAAAAGCAAAAGGUCUUGUUGACAUUGUGGACAUGGCUGUAUGUCAAUUGGAUGGACAUUUGGUACAAACACAUAAAACUGAAGAAAUCAUAUGCAAUUUAUACAAACGCCAUUUUAGUGUGUUUCACCCACUUUAUCAUAUCUUGUUACAUCAUUGCGAGGGAACAACGCCCGUGGGAGCCCUGGGUAUUACAGCGUUAAUCAACGAGGAACGAUACAUGCAUAGAUUAUUUAGAUUUGGACAUACUGGGACAAGAUUUCUUAUUAAUGAAUACUAUAAGAAGAAAAAUUAUGCAGAUGCUGAUCUGGAGUAUGUACUCAAGAAACAAGGCUUGGAUAAUGAUGAUAUCAAAUAUUAUCCUUUUCGUGAUGAUGGAAGAAUAAUUUGGAAAGAAAUCAAUACAUUUGCAAAAAAAUAUGUAAAACUUUAUUACAAAAAUAAAAAAGAUGUUCAAAAUGAUUACGAAUUACAAAAUUUCGUGACAGAAGUAGCAACUGUCGGUGAUUAUCGCGGAUUCCCUUCAAGUUUCGAAAAGCAAUCAGAUGUUUCAACGUUCCUUUCGCGUUUUAUUUGGCUGCCAGUUUUACAUGCAGCAAACAGUUAUCCUCUGUAUCCAAAUGGUGCGUACCUUCCAAUAGCACCAACCAAGCUAUACUCUGAUCCACGACAAGAAGCACAAGGAAAGUACCCAUACAGCCUGCCAAAUGCUGCAGUUGUUCUGACGCAAGAAGUUCUCACCUUUACGUUAUCUUCUCUUCGAAUCAAUCGUUUAUUUGACUAUGGAUUGAAGCUGCCGGAUCGUAAGGGAAGCAAUCUUGUGUUGAAAACAUUUCAAAAGUUGAACACCUGCAUUCAAAAACAACUGGAAAGUUUAAAUGCGAAACGACACGAGAAGGGUGAUUUGACUUAUCAAUACAUGGAACCAAGAUGGCUGCCAAAUAGCAUUCAUUGCUGAAGGAUCCUUGGCUGUUUGAGGAUAGUGAUGCCUGAUAAGAGUUGGGAAAUAUGUUUGAAAAUAAUGUUUAAAUCUCAAAA